AUGGCCGCUUCAGCGCGUGCAGUCACGCCGACGCCUACGCACACCGGACCAUUCUCUGCACCAAACGGGCCCACUACACCGGCUUCUGCGGCACGAAACUCACACGUUGGUGCCACUUUUGGCACUCAUCUCACAAAGUCACCUCGCGGCCUUUCACCAAGACUCUCCCCUCAGCCCCUCACGGGAGCGGCUGCCCUCGCCGACGAGCGACGCUACCGAGAGCAAUCAGCGCGCCAAACGUCUCCAAACCCCGCCGUCGCAGCGCUCCAGAGCUUGACUGGGAACGUUCAGUCUCGCCCGGCAGACGCCCCGCAGGGGACCGCGCACAUGAGCGCACAGGUCGAAAAGGCUACCAAGCCGCUCGUCAUCCCAGAGCUAACCGGGGUGACGGGCGACAACAUGCACACGAGUCCAGUCAGUCUCUCGAGCUUCGGCGACGGGGACUCGACAAGUGCACCGGGCGCUCCUGGCGUAGAAGCAACCGCAGGGCCAGUCGGGAAUGCCGCACAGGAAGGCGCGUCCUCCCAGCCGCCACAACACCACCCGCAACAUCACCACCAGCUCAUCGCGCCAAAUCCGGGCGACAACCCAGGCAACCGCGCCUUCACAUUUCCUGGCCCCAGGCCGCCCGAACCAGAUCCGCGUGCCCCAGCCCGACAGAUGAGUUUACCUGGAUAUGGCCAGAAUACCCCGAAAUCACCGUCUACGAAGCGCCACAAGUGCCCAUAUUGCUCCACCGACUUCACGCGACACCACAAUCUCAAGAGCCAUCUGUUGACGCACAGUCAAGAAAAGCCCUACGAAUGCCCCACGUGCCAAGCACGUUUCCGUCGUUUGCAUGACUUGAAACGCCACACUAAACUGCACACUGGCGAGCGUCCACACACUUGCUACAAGUGUGGCCGUAGAUUCGCUCGUGGAGAUGCGCUCGCGCGACACAACAAGGGUCAAGGUGGUUGUGCAGGACGGCGGUCUAGCUUUGGUAUCGACGAGGAGCUAGGAGAUGUCAAGGGCGACGAUGGCAUGGACGGCGUCAUAUAUACUGGUGAUGGAGAAGAUGACGAUGAUGACGGAGGUCGCCGCGAGAGUGAGCCGGCGCGGAAGAGACAGAACACCGGAAACUCUUCGCAAAGCUCAUAUCAUCAACACUCGAGUACCUACCCGCCUAUCGCUGCCAACCGAGCCUCGAAUGGCCAGAACAGUAUCCGCCCAUACUAUCCAGCGUCAUCAACACAACCAACCAACAUCUCGCCCAAAAUAGCUCCGUCUAGCAUCUCGUCUCUUCACAGUGCAAACCCGACCAAUGUGUUCGCGCAGGGUGGCAUGACGGAGAGUCCGAAGCCACUCUCACCUGGCCAGCAAGAGCAACACCGCCUGGGUGCAGUAGAAAGCAGUCUGCAUGGCUCGCGGUCGCCCAACGUCUCGCAACACAUUCACCAGCAAAACUUUGCUCGUGGCCGAGGGACGCCGCCGAUGGCCUUGGCUCCUCCACCGAAUAUCAAUGGUCCGCAUUUGCCCUCACUACCCGGCUUGAAUCCUAUGGCUUCUAAACAGGGCUCUCAAGGCGGAAAGGGCAGUCUUGGUAUUCUCCAACACCCUCAGAUGGCUGCGCCAGGGACUGCGUCUCAACCGGGCAGCAUGUCAAGUCACGGCGGCAGCGGUAGCAGCAUGCGUGAAGUCAUGGGCAAUCAAGUCGAUGUGUGGCAAUACGUUCGCGAUAUAGAGUCUCGUAUGGCACGCAUGGAGAAGGAGCACAACGAGAGGAUCUCUAUCCUACAGAACGAAAUCACCACACUACGUGCCCAGCUCGCCCAGCAGCAUGUCAACCAUGCUCAAGCUCAGCAACAAGGUCAAUAG